AUGAACCGCGGCAAUGGCAACGGCAACGGCGGCGCGAGGCUGGAGCUGCAGCUGAACCUGUCGCCGCCAGUGAUGAUGGAGGUAGACGGCCACGACGACAGCGGGUCUUCCUCGCCGAGCUCGUGCGUGUCAUCGGACGGCAGCCCCGGAAGCAAGUCGCCGAUGGUGAUCGGGGCCUGCACGCGGUGCCUCAUGUACUGCAUGGUGGCCAAGAAGGACUUCCCCACCUGCAUCAACUGCAAGCAGCCCUGCCUCGUGGACCUCCUCCAGCAGGGUGCUGGCGGCGGCGGUGGUGCCGGCGCCUCCGCAGACGGUGAGAAGAAGCGCGGCAGGCGCAAGUGA